AUGGCCAUGUCUAAUGGAACGAAAGUUUCCACUUCUCUUAAUGGUCCGGUGAGAGAUGUCGAUUGGUACCGUCAGCUUUGGUGGAAAACUGCAAGCACUAAUUUUGAUCUUAUGUUCUAUGGCGCGACGAGUGAGUGUUUUGUUGGGUUUUAUGCUACUAUGUUCCAGGAAAACUUCAGGUGCCCCGCGGUGGAUCUGAUGGAGGGGCGGAACUUUAAGAGGAAAAUAGAGACUUACUGGCUCGCUCCUAAUAGAGCUCACGAUGUAAUUGGCAUCAAGUUAAACUAUACACCGAGUGUGCGUCCAACGGAGAUGACGGCUUGGCAUUAUUGUAGAAGUAAUCGAACACCCUUUGGUGGAUUCGCCCCCAUCAUGUAUGAAUUCGGCAUGGUUGACCGUCAAGACAAUCCCAUCAAUAUUGUACCGGGGGCAAUGCGUGAACAAUAUCUCAUUGAGAUGCUUUUAUGA